AUGGAUCUGGAAGCAGAUAUCUCACAAUUGAUUAAACAAAACCUGAGGCCGAGAUUCUCAUCACUAACCGCUGAACAGCAGGCUCAAUUAGAUAGUAUUUUUCCUUACAAUUUUGACCAUGAUCUGUUCAAGCAUGAAUUGAUGGAGAGCUUAGAUGAUUGGAAGAGGGAGGAAUAUACAAAAGUACACAACAGUAUAGGUGAUCUGCAAAGAUUAGAGCUAGGCCAUUUACUGGACGAAUCAAGUAUUACAUUCGAGAAAUUGAAUGCAGACAUACAAAAACUGCCGAAGUUCCGGCUUGUGGAUAACGACAAUGAUUCUGAUAAAGGACUACUGGAGGAAUAUGACAGGCUAAGAACAUCACUUGUUACCAAAUGUAGAGUGAUACUCAAAGUCAGAAGCGAACAAGCUUCAGAUAUAAAUACCCAGGUUAUUGAAUCAGUGUCUUCUGUGGUUGACGUAAAACAAUUACGCGAUGAGAUCUCACUUGAGUUAAAGUCGCUAGGCCAGAAUCUGGAAACAAUACUGAAAUCAUGGCCAAGUCUAGCGGAACAAGACAAAGCCAAAAUAGUACAGUUGAUUCAGUCUAGCGAGCUGAACUUGCUAUUACCAAAGCAAAAACAAAUCGAGUAG